AUGCUCGAUAUCUUCGGAUCGAGCUGUUGUUCCAACGAAUCCUCGCCUCACGCAAGUCCAUCAGACGACAGGACGCGUGGUGACGGUGGUGCUGCACCUAUGCAUCACCACGAGCGAAGUAACUCAAGAUAUAGGGGUAACGCUGGUGCCAGUGCUCAUGCUGGCAUUAAUCAAGAGGCCAGAGAUCGAAUUGUCCUGCGCCACGCUCCUCAAGUGGAGUUCCCUUGGGUGCCGCCAUCCAGAGAGUUGGACCGGUUGACCGGCACGACCGUGCAACACCGGCCGGUCAACCGGUCCAACCUCCGAACGGGAUCGAAUCUUGUUGUUCGAUUGCAGGAAAUUUUGCCCACCUGA